AUGGGGAGGACCAACAAGGACAAACGGGAUCUAUACUACAGAAAGGCCAAAGAAGACGGAUGGCGUGCCCGUUCCGCAUACAAACUACUCCAGCUCGACCAACAGUUCCAUCUACUUUCCGACAUUUCGCGAGUAGUGGACCUUUGCGCAGCACCAGGCUCAUGGUCGCAAGUGCUAUCUUCGAAACUAGCCUCACGCAACAACUCCAAGAUCAUCGCGGUUGAUCUCCAGCCCAUGACCCCCAUCGCGGGCGUCACUACGCUUCAAGCAGAUAUAACCCAUCCGCAGACGUUGCAGCAGAUCCGCGACCAUUUCGAGGGCGAAUUGGCGGAUUUCGUCUGUAGCGAUGGCGCACCAGAUGUCACGGGCAUGAAUGACUUGGACGAAUAUGUACAGCACCAGUUGGUCUAUGCGGCGUUGCAGUUGACGUGCUGUAUAUUGAAGCCAGGAGGUUCGUUCGUAGCUAAGAUUUUCCGAGGGCGCGAUAUCGACGUUAUGUAUGCUAUGAUGUCGCGGUUUUUCGAUCGCGUGGUGUGUGCUAAACCGCGAAGCUCGAGGAGCACUAGUUUGGAGGCGUUUAUUGUGUGUUUGGGGUAUAGGCCCAUCGAGGGGUUGACGCCGCGCUUGGAUUUGAAUUUGUCGACGGAUGAGUUCUUUGCUCGUGCUGGGAUUCGUGGUGGUGGUGUUUUUGGUGGUGCUGAUGAAGUAUGGGAAGAGGAUGAUGGGUGCGAGAGGUGCAUGGUUGAGUUUGUCGCGUGCGGCGAUCUUGAUGAUGUCGAUUCCGAUGCUACGUAUCGGCUUGAUGAUAAUGCUGUCAGACUUGAACCUGUCCAGAGACCAACUGCGCCGCCGUACAAAUUGGCGCUCGAUAAGAAAAGAAAAGGUGAGCUAGCGAAACGCUGA